ACCGGACAUAAACCACUGGAGGUGUUGUAAAGUGAUGCUUUGACAGUUUGAAGGGCUGAAUUUCAGCAGUUUCCUGUGCUCCCUGAUGGAGGAGAACAGCACAUUGGAGAGAUGCUAUCGCUCUCAAUCCCGCAGCAGUGUGCUGCAAGGUCUACCCUUUGGAGGUGUUCCCACUGUCCUCUCCAUCAACAUCAUUCUGUGGCUGUUACUGCUACUAAUCUUCUCCUGUUUGAGGAAGGCAGCGUGGGACUACGGUCGCUUGGCUCUACUGAUGGAGAAUGACAGCUUGACAUCUUUAUUCUAUGGCGAACAAAGCGAGAAAGAGAAAACCCCUUCAGAAUCCAGUCCAUCAGAUUCAGAGACCAAGGACAUGGGCUUCUGUUCCUGGCUUACAUCUCUGUACCAAAUGAAGAAUGAAGAGAUCCGCAGUAAAUGUGGUAUUGAUGCGGUCACGUACCUGUCAUUCCAGCGUCACAUUAUUCUGCUCUUGAUGGUGGUGUGUCUGCUUUCUCUCACCAUCAUCCUGCCCGUCAACCUCUCCGGGAACCUCCUUGAAGAUAGCCCUCAGAAUUUUGGCCGAGCAACAGUGGUGAACAUCCCAGCAAAGAACACAUUUCUGUGGUUGCACAGUAUCUUUGCUCUGUUGUAUUUUGUGAUCACUGUGCUGUGCAUGGCCCACCAUGCCUCACGACUGGAAUACAAGGAGGAUGAAAAGGUGGCCAGAACUCUAAUGAUCACUUCCAUUCCCAGAGAAAUCUCUGAUCCUGGCCUGAUUAGCAAACAUAUGCAUGAGGCAUACCCCAGCUGUACCGUCACAGACGUCCUAUUCUGCUUUGACGUACAAAAACUGAUGAAGCUGGACUCAGAAAGACGGAAAGCCAUGAAAGGAAGGCUGUAUUUCACAACUAAAUCUCAGAAGGAAGGGAGGACCAUGAUAAAGAUGCACCCCUGUGCUCAGAUCUUCUGCUGUGAUAUAUGUGGCUUUGAACAGGUGGAUGCAGAGCAGUACUACAGCGAGCUGGAGGAGAAACUGACAGAUGAGUUUAAUGCAGAGAAAAACCGCAUUUCUAUGAAGAGGCUGGGCAUUGCCUUUGUCACCUUCAGAGAUGAAAGGAUGACUGCAGUUAUUGUAAAAGACUACAGCCGAGCUCGUUGCAGCCACAGACCCCAGCAGUCCAGCAUUACAACAGUAGUGCGCUCACAUCAGUGGGGGGUUUCUUAUGCCCCUGCCCCCAGUGACAUCAUAUGGGAAAAUCUGUCAGUGUGUGGCUCUCGCUGGUGGCUCCGAUGCAUUCUGCUCAACAUUACUCUCUUCCUCCUGCUCUUCUUUCUCACAACCCCUGCUAUCAUUGUAAAUACUAUGGACAAGUUCAACGUCACUCGGCCAGUUGAAAGCCUAAGGAACCCAGUAAUUACCCAGUUUUUCCCCACCCUACUCCUGUGGGCCUUUUCCAUCCUCCUGCCCUUCAUAGUGUACUAUUCAUCAUUCUUUGAGUACCACUGGACCAGGUCCUGUGAGAAUCAGGUCACCAUGCACAAAUGUUUCUCACUGCUUGUCUUCAUGGUCAUUAUUCUACCAUCACUGGGUCUGUCGAGCUUGGAUUUGUUCUUCAGGUGGCUUUUUGACAUCCACUUCCUUGAUGAAACAGAUUUGAAGUUUCAGUGUGUGUUUUUGCCUGAUAAUGGGGCGUUCUUUGUGAAUUAUGUGAUCACGUCUAGUCUGAUAGGAACGGCUAUGGAGCUGUUGCGUAUUCCUGCACUGCUGGUGUAUUCUCUUCGCCUCUGUUUUGCCAAAUCUAUAGCUGAGCGAAUCCACAUUAAAAGGAGUCAGGCCUAUGAGUUUCAGUUUGGUCUCGAAUAUGCCUGGACCAUGUGCAUAUUCUCAGUCAGCAUGACCUACAGCAUCACCUGCCCCAUCAUUGUACCUUUCGGGUUGCUCUACCUUGUUCUGAAGCAUAUGGUAGAUCGCUAUAAUAUCUACUACACUUAUAUACCCACAAAGCUCAGCCAGCGGAUCCACUCGGCUGCCAUCAGUCAGGUGGUAGUGGCACCCAUUCUCUGCAUAUUCUGGUUGCUCUUCUUCUCUGUACUCAGACUGGGUCCAAUGCAGCCCAUCAGUCUGUUUACCUUUGGAACUUUACUGUCCUGUAUUGCCUUCUCCUGCUUUGGCGUGUGUCUCAAAAAACUAAAUCCUAACAGAUCAACAACCUAUCAGAUGUCUGAUCAGGCAACAGAAGGAGUUUUCAGUGAUGCAGAGAGAAGCACUGUUUCUAGCACAACCACAGCUAAUGUUUUUAUAGCGUCCGUCCUGCUGGAGCCUGAGCUGAGUCUGACUCCCAUGCCUUCUCCGGCCCACCAGAGUUACGGCACCAUGGGGAACAGCCAGAGUUCAGUGCGUGACACUGAAGAGGGGGAGGAGAAAGACCUGGAGGAAACUCUGGAGACUGAACUCAAGGAUGACCUAGUUUGUCCCAGCACUCUCAUGGACAGCCCUGUGGGUUUCAAAUGACCCGCCUCGCCCCCUCGCCUUGCUUCCAUCCCCAAAGCUCAAGCCCCAUACCCCAUCUUAGCUAGUGGCUGAUACAGAGGAACUAUGCAGCAUUUUUUUUUGUCCUCGACAGUCUCCAUUUACAGACUAAUUAGGGUCAUCCAAGCUAUAAACUGCUUCAAAAGCUUGUUGAUGGGGAAUUUGCUGAGAUGGUGGUUUUAGUUCUAAAGACUUUGAUGAGCUUUCAAAGAUGUACCACAGGCUCAAUCUGAAGUGGAUAAAAGCAAAAAAAAAAAAAAAGAGACCAGUCCAAUUGUUUUUCUACUUUCUCGAUAUUCUCUUGUAUUUUCCUUUCCUGCAUAAUCAAAUGAAUGGCGUCUGUCAUUACGGUAGAUUGAACCUUGGAACACUGCAUUUUGAAAGAUUUUUCGAUGUGCUUUUUUAGGCAUAGUCAUCAUGUAGCUCCAAAGAGAGGCAGUGCUCCAGACAUGCAAAUCUAAUUAGUUAAUUAAUCCUUUUUCUGUUAUUACAGUUUGUGCUUAUUAUUGUCUAUUUUAUUAACUACUUGUAUUUUAGCAUUGGUAAAGUAUGUAAUUGUGCAACAUUGUGCCAAGAGGGUGUUGUUUUCAUGUGUUUACUAUUGUUAGAUUAUUAUUGCGUUUAUUAUCACCAACUUUUUUUGCCCUUUCUUUGCCCAACCCCCGGUUACCUUUUAAUUUAAUUGAAAAAUAAUUGCAGCUACUUAAAAAUGAAAAAAGUGCUUACAUUAUUUUGAAAUCCAAUGUAUCAAAAGAUGUUCCAGGUUCAAAACAAGUUAUGCUUUCAUGUCAUAAAUGCAGUCAAUUACUUCAGAAAAUUAUUUGAACUCAUACCUCAGUUUUAAUGCUCUUGCAUUGUAAGUCUGUUGGGCAAAGCAUUCCGGCUUUACAUGGUCAUUCCAGGAGUUGAAAAAUCGGAUGGAUCUUUGCACAAGCAAGGUUAAUAAACGAUUUUAUCAAAAUAGAACCAAGUUAACACAAACAAUCUUUAAGUGUGGUGACUAUACUUUAGAAACAAGGUGUAUUUUUACAUUUUAUCCCAGUGCAGUACCUUGCCCCAUUGUGAAAGCAAUGGUUCACCCAAAAAUUAUAAUUCUCUCAUCAUUUACUCACUCUUAUGCCAUCUCAGACUUGUAUGAUUUUUUCUUUUGCAGAACGCAAAUGAACAUAUUUUGAUGGAGAUAUGAUGUGAAUAUAUCCAUACAAUGCAAGUCAAUGGGGUCCAAGACUUCCAAGCUCUAAAAAGGACAUAAAGGUGGCAUAAAAGUAAUCAACGAGACUCAAGUGGUUUAAUCCAUAUAUUCUGAUGCGAUCGGUUUUGGGUGAGAAACCGACCAAAAUGUAACUUUUCUAUAUAAAUCUUGACAUUGCAGUCUCCUUGGUGUGAUCAUGUUUGUAGCGCGAUUUCACUUGUAUACAGCAGAGUUACGUUUUGGUCUGUUUCUCACCCAAAACCAAUCGUAUCGCUUUAGAAUAUAUGGAUUAAACCAAUAGAGAUACAAGUCUGAGAUAGCAUAAGGGUGAGUAAAUGAUGAGAGAAUUAUAUUUUUUAGGUGAAUUAUUCCUUUAAUUGCAUUGAAAACCAAAAAGGGCCUUAAAGGGCGAAUCACCCCAUAAUAAAAAAAACUAUCAUCAUUUACUCACACUUUGUUGUUUCAAAUUCAUAUGACUUUCUUUCUUCCUUGGAAAACAAACAGAAAUUUAAAAAAUGCAUUAUUUUAGAGAAGAAAGAGGUCAGGUAAUACAGGUUUGGAGAACAUGAAGGUUAAGUAAAUGAUGACAGAAUUUUCAUUUUGGGGUGAACUAUUCCUUUAAUUUCUAUUAAAGCUGGAACAUUACUUUAAGGAUAAUCAUUCAACUAUGUUGUGGCUAAAAUGAUUUACAGUAUGUGUUUCAACCCAAACUGAAAGUGUCAUGUUGGUUUAUCCUGGUACAUUAGAUUCAACCCCAAACGUUCUAACAUUAUGUUGUUUACAAGACCACCUCUGUCUCAUGCUCAAAACAGCCUGCAGCUCUCUUUAGAUUCGUCAAGUGUUGCCCUGGCUUCUGUAACAAACACUCUAAUUUCCUUAGUAAAUUUUGUACUCGUGGUCUUUGCUGCUAGUGGUUAUAGGACUGGAAGGGAUGGGGUGGGUGGAGGGUUUUCUUGCCAAUCUGAAUGUAAAGGAUUUGUGAUUUGUUUUGUGCUCUCUUGCUGUGCCUUGAAGAAACAGAUCUCAAGUAAAGAAAAGAAAAAAGAAAAAAGUAUGUCAAGACAAUCCAGCAUGACCUGCAAUAUGCUGCAUGGACCUAAAGAGCAACAAGACAAGGAUCUAAAUUAAAAUACGCAUUCCACCUAUGAACAAAUGAGGUGUAAGUUCCCUGAAAUGCGGUAUACAUUUUAUGUGUCCGUUCUUUCAACUAGAGCAAGGCUUGAAAACACACUGCACUAGUACACGAAUGCCAAUGCUUCUACAUUUGCUAGCUUAAUUUCAUAUGUUCCAAAAUGUGUCUGAUUACAUUUCAUAAAGCAUGGCAUGUACAUGUGGCCUUCUCAGCAUUGCCAACAGGGGCACUAUAGCAGACAUUAGCGCAAACUCUUCUACUGUGGUCUGUUUUCUUUUUCAAACCUACUUCUGUAAUGUAAAGAAGAACAGUUUGAAGAGAAUCUUUCUGAGCAAGUUAGUUAAAGUAAAAUCAUUUGUGUCUGCAUUUUCAUACUUGCGUUAAGUAUUUUUCUUGCCUUACUGUUUAACAGAAACAGAAACAAUUGUAAUGAUCAUGCAUCUAAUCUCAUUCCAUUAAUUAAACAUCAAUUUAUCACUUAUCUAUACACACACACAUGCACGUGAAAACACACAAACAUAUACAAACUCACUUUAACAUCAAUGUCUCCAGUACUCAAGUACCAGGCAAAAGGAGCUUUUGUGAGUUACCAUUUGAUAUUUCUUUGAUGUGGUUUGUUCUGUUUGUAUUUGCAAGCUGUUGAUGUGUACAAUUGUUUUUUGUACUUUAGUGGAAGUUUCCGGAAUGUGGCUUAAGGUGCCAUCAUGUCAUGUGACUGGGUGCUUAUGACGCAGUCAACAUAUGUACCUCUUUAAACUGUGGUAGUACAGCUCUUUGUAAAGGGUAUAAAACUAAAUUUGCC